AUGCGUGAAGUUAUUAGUAUUAAUGUCGGUCAAGCAGGUUGUCAGAUCGGUAAUGCAUGCUGGGAACUGUAUUCUCUAGAACACGGAAUAAAACCUGAUGGGUAUCUACAGGAGGGCCUAAGUAGACCUAAGGGUGGCGAAGAUGGAUUCUCAACAUUUUUCUAUGAAACAGGUGCUGGCAAGUAUGUGCCAAGAGCAGUAUAUGUUGAUUUAGAGCCGAACGUUAUCGACGAAGUUCGUACCGGUCCAUACAAGGAUUUAUUUCAUCCAGAGCAAUUAAUAAAUGGUAAGGAAGAUGCUGCAAAUAACUAUGCUCGUGGUCAUUAUACUGUAGGAAGAGAAUUACUGGACGACAUCUUGGAUAGGAUUAGAAAAAUUUCAGACCAGUGUGACGGUUUACAGGGAUUCUUAUUCACACAUUCUCUAGGGGGUGGUACAGGCUCAGGUUUAGGAUCUUUAUUACUAGAACAACUUUCUAUUGAUUAUGGUAAGAAAUCGAAAUUAGAAUUUGCUGUGUAUCCUGCACCACAAGUUUCAACAUCAGUCGUGGAACCAUAUAACACGGUUUUGACUACACAUACAACACUAGAGCAUGCUGAUUGUACGUUUAUGGUCGAUAAUGAAGCAAUUUAUGAUAUGUGUAAAAGAAAUUUAGACAUUUCUAGACCAAGUUUUGCUAAUUUAAACAAUUUGAUUGCUCAGGUUGUUUCAUCAGUAACAGCUUCUUUAAGAUUUGACGGCUCAUUGAAUGUCGAUCUAAAUGAAUUUCAGACAAAUCUAGUUCCUUACCCAAGAAUUCAUUUCCCAUUAGUUUCAUAUGCACCAAUUUUAUCAAAGAAUAAAGCAAAUCAUGAAGCAAAUUCUGUUUCAGAAAUUACAAAUGCUUGUUUUGAACCUGGAAACCAAAUGGUUAAAUGUGAUCCAAGAACUGGUAAGUAUAUGGCAACAUGUCUAUUGUAUAGAGGAGAUGUUGUUACAAGGGAUGUACAAAAUGCUGUUUCUCAAGUUAAAAAUAAAAAAACUGUUCAAAUCGUUGAUUGGUGCCCAACUGGUUUCAAGAUUGGUAUUUGUGAUGAGCCACCAACUGCAACACCUAAUUCUCAAUUGACAUCUGUUAAAAGAGCCGUUUGUAUGCUUUCAAAUACAACAGCAAUCGCUGAUGCUUGGAAAAGAAUUGAUAGGAAAUUCGAUCUCAUGUAUGCAAAACGUGCCUUUGUUCAUUGGUAUGUUGGUGAAGGUAUGGAAGAAGGUGAAUUUACUGAAGCAAGAGAAGAUUUAGCUGCUUUAGAAAGGGAUUACAUUGAAGUUGGCGCUGAUUCCUACGCAGAUGAAGAGUAUUAA